ACUUUUCAUCAAAUUAUUCUAAUAUUCUCUCCGGGGAAAAAAAUCUUUGUAUCCUCAAAAGAAAAUGGAGAACAAAAGAAUGGCGAUGUUAGUGGUGAUGAUGAUGUUGGUCACGGGGAGCCUUCUGGUUGAGACAGAGGCUAUAAGUUUUAAUGUUUGUUACACAGGUUGUUCUGUGGUGUGUGGUAUAUCUGCGCACGGGUUUAAAAAAUGGUUAUGUCCUUUCAAGUGUAUCAAGGACUGUAUACAUCCUAAGCUUUCUUCUGAGGUAAAUCUAAAGGAAAUUGACCAGACUGAUUAUUUCUGCAAACUUGGAUGUGCUACUGAUCGUUGUAUUUCAUCCUCCUCAAUCGAAGAUAAGGAUCAUGCAGAGAAAGUUUCAGUAUGUGUGGAUUCAUGCUCAGAUAUGUGCUCUCACAAGAACUAAAACCUAUAUUAAUUGGUUUUUGUUACAAGUAAAUUAAUGUCUGAAUAAAAAAGAUGUAAACCAUUUAACAUUUAGAAAAAAUAAGAU